CUGUUUCUCCUAAAAGGCGGAACUUUAUCCUUGAACCGGCUCCAUGAUUGGCGUUAAGAAAUUAACACAGCAAUCAGUGCCCUGGCUCCCAAUUAUUACUGUUUUUCAUUUAUUUAAUAUAACUCUGGAAAUUGACGGGAAAAUACGAGAAGACGGUGAGAAAGAGGGGUAAAAUACAGUAGUUUCCAGGCAAAAACGGGUAUUACUUUCACACAUACACUUACAAAAAAAUUAUUGAUAAAAGGGCACUUUGGGCAAUAAGAGCCAAAGGGCAGGUGCUCUAAGCUCUCCCUCCUGUGUACAUGCCUGCUCGCUCGCUCUCUCGCUCUCUCUCUCUCUCUCUCUCUCUCUCUCUCUCUCUCUCUCUCUCACACACACACACACACACACACUCUUUCUCUCUCUCUCUCUCUCUCUCUCUCUCUCUCUCUGAAAUAAGGAAUCAUAAAGCCACUCCUUUUCCUCAGUUCAGAGAAAAUGAAACUGAUCUCGGGAGUGCUGCUUUCUCUCUCUCUCAGCCUGUGAGAUAAGGAAAAUGGCAGAGGCCAGUAUUUUAGAUCAGGAUCAGUUCAGCUGCCCAGUCUGUCUGGAUCUGCUGAAGGAUCCAGUAGCUCUUCCCUGUGGACACAGUUUCUGUAUGGUGUGUAUUAAUGGCUGCUGGGAUCUGGAGGAUCAGAGGGGGAUCUACAGCUGCCCCCAGUGCAGAGAGACGUUCACUCCGAGGCCUGUUCUACGCAGAAACAACAUGCUGGCUGAAGUGAUAAAGAAACUGAAGAAGACAGAACUCCAAGCUGCUUCUCCUGCUCACUGUUACGCUGGAGCUGGAGAUGUGGAGUGUGAUUUCUGCACUGGGAGAAAACUCAAAGCCGUCAAGUCCUGUUUGAUGUGUUUGGCCUCGUUUUGUGAAGCUCAUCUUAAACCACACUAUGAGGUUCCUUCCUGGAAAACGCACAAGCUGGUCAAAGCCUCCACACGACUUCAAGAGAAGAUCUGCUCUCAGCAUGAGAAACUGAUAGAGAUCUACUGUCGCAGUGACCAGCAGUUAAUCUGUUAUUUGUGUACCAUGCAUGAACACAAGGGUCACGAUACAGUAGCAGCGGUAGCAGAAAGAACUGAGAGACAGGGUCAGCUAAAAGAGAUACAAUCAAAAUAUCAGCAGAUGAUCUAGGAGAACGAGGAAAAGCUGCAGGCACUGAAACAGACAGUGGACACUCUUAAGCGUUCUGCACAGACAGCAGUGGAGGAUAGUGAGAGGAUCUUUACUGAGCUGAUCCGCUCCAUUGAGAAAAGGAGCUCUGAGGUAACAAAGCUGAUCAGAGAUCAGGAGAAGACUGAACUGAGUGCAGCUGAAGCAAUCCUGGAGCAGCUGGAGCAGGAGAUCACUGAUCUAAAGAGUAGAAACUCUGAGCUGGAGCAGCUUUCACACACAGAUGAUCACGUCCACUUCCUCCAGAGUUUCCAGAAUCUCUGUGUCUCGUCUGGAUCCAAGCAGAUACACAACAUUUAUGUCCAUCAACAUCUCUCAUUUGAUGAGUUGAUCAGAUCUGUAUCUGAGCUGAAACAGCAGGUAGAGGACUUCUGUAAAGAAAAGUUCUACACAAUGUCUCCACACGCUGCAGCAGUUCAGAUUUUUUCAUCAGAACCUAAAACGCGAGAAGACUUUCUGAAAUAUUUCUGUCGACUGACUCUGGAUCCAAACACGGCAUGUCAGUACCUUAUUCUGUCUGAAAAGAACAGAGUGGUGAAAAGCAGUCAGAGAGCUCAGCAGUAUCCUGCUCAUCCAGAGAGAUUUGACUACUACUUGCAGGUUCUGUGUAAGGAGAGUGUGAAUGCACGAUGUUACUGGGAGGUUGAGUGGAGCUGUAGUCAAUCUUUGUACAUAUCAGUGUCAUAUAAAGGGGUUGGCAGGAAAGGGAGUGGUAAUGAGUGCAGGUUUGAUGCUAACAAUCAGUCCUGGAGUCUGCAGACUUCUCCUCUCUCUUUCUGGCACAACAACAUUAAGACUAAUAUCUCAGCUCCACCACCCUCCAAAAUAGGAGUGUAUGUGGAUCACAGUGCAGGGAUACUGUCCUUUUAUAGCGUCUCAAUACAAUGACCCUCCUACACACACUCCACACCACAUUCACUCAGCCCCUUUUCGCUGGAUUCUGGCUUUCUUAUGAUUUAACGGUGACAUUAUGUGAACCAAAAUGAACAGCUUUGAUAUGUUCAGACGUUAAAGGUCUCAUUCCAUCAUUUUUCAUUCAUUUUAAAAUGUCUAGUUGUGGUCUCUAGUAUGAAUGAAUGUCAAGUGAGCCAUUUUUUCUUUCUAUUUAGCCCUGCCUUAGAUCACUGAAUUAGAGGUCUCUGAAGAAAGACAGAUUUUGACUCUUGCUCAUGAAUAUUCAUACAUAAAAAUAUAUCGCCUCUGAUUGGCUAACAGCACUGCAGCAGAGAACGCCUACUUGCCUUCCCCCACAGUCAGAUUUACAGCUCUAAAACUCAAAUGAAAAAAUGUUUUCAGAGAUACAGCCUUAGUCAUAAAGAAAAAGCACUGAGUGCUAAGUAAAGUUAACCCUUUAAAAUGUACUUAUUGUCAGACUCGAGCGGACCCUUAAACUCUUACCGUAGACUUUCAGAGAUUCGAUGCUUGGGCAGUUUCACCACAUCGAAGCCCCAUAUCGAGUCCGCUCUAUAUCAUUAAAUCUGAGUGCUAGUGUUAACCUAGAGUUGCUUACACAAGAUAGCUAAUGCUAACUAUCUCUGUAAACAGAGCUGUUAGCUCUUCCUUAGCUAUAGCUCCUAAUGCUCUAGCCCGGGUUCAGUGCCGCUUGUGGGCGGUCCUGAGCCGAGGUGGAAGAGGCCAUGAAGUCACUGGUUGACAUUAGACACCCUAACUUCUCUCUGAUCAACUUGUAUUUCUGAGGAUUUUCUCUUCAACUAGCUACUGCAGACAGUGGAGGCUGAAGAACAGUUUCAUAUGCAGCAUGCAUACACAACUCAGAGACCUAUAGUAUUUUAGCAAGAACAAGAAAAAAAGGAUUUUUUGCGGAAUGAGACCUUUAAAACCGUAUCACCCUAUUGGUGAUAUUUUGUGAUAACCAGGGAAAAUUCACUCUUGGAGAUGGGAAGGGGGAGUAAAACUAGUAGAAAGAACAGUUUAAUGUGUACACAAAAUCACACUAAACUAAAACAUAUAUGAGGCUUAAAAAUGUUGCACCUCUGGAUUUAAUGCUUGAUUAACUGAUACAAUAUCUGUAUAUAAACGAUUAUGUUUUAAUACCCUUUUAAUACCCAUUAUGACAUCACUGGUAUAAAAUAGGGCAGCAACUAAUGAUUAUUUUAGUAGUAAACUAAUCUGAUGAACAAAUAUUUUUGCGAUGUCCUCCAUCUCUGCUUGUUGUGGGUACAGCUCCUGUUUCUAGCUUUCUCUAUCGCUUUUUUGAAAUUUUUUUUGUGUUCUGUUGUGAUUGGGCACUUUUGGAGAUGUUGGCGGUAGGAGGUGAGUGUAAACUGUUCGACGAGGCUGUUACCCUUUUUCCAUUUUGUCUCUAUCCACAGUAAUUUGUGUAGUGCUAGUAAUUGAUGAUUACUCUACAAUGAACAAUUGGAGUCAACUAAUUUUUGUAGAUUAUAUCGACUAGAAUAAGUGUUAAUUCAACCAAGGGUUAAGCAGUCACACAUUUGUUUUUCUCUGACUAUAGAGUUUAUGUUUGUUUAUUCAUUUUUGUUCCUCACCAAGUAUGUAUGCUUGUAAACUCGUUUAAUACUUUAUUGUUGAAAUUUAAAUAAACGGUGAUGGAUAAAAGCAUG